AUGCAGACCGUAACAUCUCAAGCGAUCGCCUUGGCCGCGAUAUUGGUCACUCAGGGAGUUGCACACUCGAUACCUGACUGGGGUGCUCUCACCCCCUACCACGAAGUCUCUUCUUUUGGAGCCUCUGGCGGAGUUCCUCAGGGGUGCAGACUAUCCCAAGCCCACGUCCUCCACCGACACACAGAGCGCUAUCCAACCUCCUACUUCUUAGAGGGUGGUCAAGCCGAGGUUCUCGCCGACAAAGUCGCCACCUACCAGAGUGCACACCCUGAUACCACCUUUGCCACGGGCCCGCUGGCUUUCUUGAACGAGUGGCAGUACACCUUCGCCGGCGGCGGCACAAACACGCUUCUUCCGUCUGGCACGACGACAGCUCAUGCUGCGGGCGCUGCCUUCUGGAGCCAGUACGGGCGGCUGCUUUACGAUGUGGGCACUGAGGAUCCAUUCUGGAGGGAGGGGUUGAAUGUCUCUGCGAAGCUUGUUUUCCGGACGACUUCUGAGGAGAGAAUUGUCGAGAGUGCAAAGUGGUGGUUGAAUGGAUUCUUCGCAAAUGCAGACGCGACGAGCGCCGAAGAUCAAUACAGCCUGGUUAUCCUCCCCGAAGGACCGGGUCUGAACAACACGCUGGCGCCGUACGACGUUUGCGAGGGCGACAUGACCGAAGGAGAAACAUCAUUAACCCACGACUUCAUCCCGCGCUUCACAUCCAGCGCCCUGGAACGCUUCUCCGCCUACCUCCCCGAAUCCUUCAACCUGACCGCGCUAGACAUCUACGCCAUGAUGACGCUGUGCCCCUUCGAGACCAGCGCCUUAGGCGCCCCCUCACCCUUCUGCGGCCUCUUCACCGACCAAGAAUGGAAGGACUACGACUACGCCUCGGACCUGCACUUCUACGGCGACUACGGGUUCGGCUCCCCGUCCGGUCGCGCCCAGGGGAUCGGCUACGUGGUGGAACUCGCCACGCGCAUCGCCGGGGAGCAUCUCCACAAAGGCGACGUAGGCAUCAACUACACCUACGACAACAACGAAGCCACCUUCCCCACCCAGCAGGCGGUGUACAUGGACAUGGCGCACGACGACACGAUUAUCUCGGUGCUCACGGCGCUGGGCCUGGCGCAAUUCAAGGAGGGCCCCGCUGGUCUAUCGGGCAAGGUCGAUCAUGCCCCCGAGCAUCGAUUCCGGACCAAGGAUAUUACCCCGUUCGGCGCGCGUCUGGUGGCCGAGAUCUGGAGUUGCAGCAGCAACAACAGCAACACGGCGGACUUCACGGCCCUGCAGCCGGUCCUCUACCGGAACCCCGGGGUCGAGGAGGUGGCCGGGGGCACGGACUAUAUCCGGUUUGUGUUGAAUGGGGGUCCGGUGGCGCUGGAGGGCCUCAGUGGGUGUGAGGAUGCGGUGAAUGGGUUCUGUCCGUUGGAGGGGUUUCUGGGCGGCAUUGCGGAGCUGAAGGAGCAGGCGCAGUAUGACUAUGCGUGUGGGGCGGGGUAUACGGCGGAGGGGCAGGUCACUGAUGGGGUUCCGGUGUAG